AUGAUAGUCUAAAAUAAUUAAAUUUUAUGAAUUACCGAGUACAUUUAUACAAGCGUGUGUGUUAAUCAAAACAUUUCGUUCUAAUUUUUUGAUUCUAUCCAUUUUUUCAAAUAAUGAACAUUCUACGAAAAACACUUUCACUUAAAAGUGCUCUGAAUUUGGAAUUACGAUACCCUAUGUGCAGACAUGCAUCCGGUGGCGAUAUUCCAAAAAAUGUGAUUGCAGACUUGCAAACAUCGCAGAAUCAGCAAACUAAUGGCGUGAUUUACGACAAGAAACCUUUUAGGAUAGAACUAGAAGAAGGUAAACGAUACUCCUGGUGCCUUUGUGGUAAAUCCAAAUCACAACCUCUAUGCGACGGGACACACAAAUUGGAUCAAUACAAAAUCAAACAAAGACCUGUUCGAUUUCAGGUUGAAAAAUCAGGCACCUACUGGUUAUGUAACUGUAAGCAAACCAAAAACCGACCAUUCUGCGAUGGUACUCACAAAAAUGAAGAAAUUCAGAAAACAGCCGGUAAAAAUUGAUUUCGUUUUGUUGAUUGAAUAGUGUCGAUUUUUCAAUAAAAAUG